CACCUGACGCCUUCCGCCACCUGUUCCAACCUGCUUGGACCAGUUUCGUCACUUCCAUACCAAACUCACCAUUGCUAGCUAUUUCGAGUCCUCUUCUCUUCCCCUUGUAGCCCUCUCCACCCCUCUGAUUCUUACUUCGGCCAAUCUUCAUUCUUCUCCUUUCCAGUGCACGCCUCCACCUUUCUAACUUGUUCCUUCACCUGCUCCCCGCUCUCACUGCAAACAUCGUGGUCUGCGGGAAUUCCAGUCUAACCACAUCUGUCAGCCUUUCCAUCACCACUGCAAACAGGAAGGGGCUCAGGGCUGAUCCCUGAUGCACCUCCACCUUCAACAACUACAGCACAUCUUCCCAUCUCUAUCUGGCCAACCUGUAUAGAUCUUUUUCUUCUUCUUUAGUGUCCAACCUGGCAUACAUGUCUUCAUCUGCCUUUUGUUUGGCCUUUGCCCGACGACGAAGUUUCUGCAAUGUCCUUUUUUUAAACACAAGGUGUCACCACAGAGCCACCAAAGAUGUCAAUAUGACUGCUUAGGUGUCGUUAGGGCGGCACGGUGAACGACCGGUUAGAGCGUCUGCCUCACAGUUGUGAGGACCCCGGUUCCAACCCCGGCCCCGCCUGUGUGGACUUUGCGUGUUCUCCCCGUGCCUGCGUGGCUUUUCUCCGGGCACUCCGCUUUCCUCCCUCCCGCAUCCCCAAAACAUGCAUUCAUUGGGGAAUCUAACCUGCCCGUGAGUGACAGCAGCAGGAUGCCCCUCCCACCACCACCCUUCACUCAGGCCAACCGGCAGAGCCCGGAGGAGGUCAAAGGUGGCCCCGCCCACCUACUCCCGGACCUCCGCCAAGGCACAGACCACCCCUACUUCCGCCUGUACCAGUACCUCCACCAGGGGGCGCCACACAAGAAAGAUUGCGCGGCCGGUGCGUCGCCGCCCCGCCCCCCCCGGUCCGACCGUCUCCAUGACGACGCUCCGAGCCUCGCCCCGCCCCCUUCUGCAGGCUCCUCCCCUGUCCCGCCUUCUCACCGCCGUCGGAGUCGCCGAGGCCACGCCCCCUCCCCGCCGACCACUUACAACCGAGACGAGCCCCUCCCACCGGCCCCUCCCGUCCAGGCCCCGCCCUCCUCUCUGGCCCCGACUACCUACGGCGGGGAGGUGGCGCUUCUGCGGCGACACGCCUCCCCUGGCGGCAAGAGAACCUCCCCCUCGCCCGUCUCUCCCUCCCACAGGCCGGCGCCCCCCGCAGCCGCCAAAGAGGCUCCGCCCCCUCCUCCGUACAGGACAGCGGGUAGCCCCAACCGGUCCUCUGACCCCCCCGUCAGGGGUAAACCCCCCCCUCCGCCGCCCCCCCCUCUCCGCCAUGGACACGCCUCCUCCGUCAUUCCGUGUCUGGGUGACGACUUUGAGUCCAAAUAUUUGUUUCAUCCGCUGGACGACUUCCCUCCUCCAGACGAGUAUCGACACUUUGCCAAGAUCUACCCCAGCAAGGCCUACUCAGCCAUGCGAGGGGCUCCCCCGUUGCCCCCGGUGGGCAGGUGAAGACUGCGCUGCCCUUUGAUGACAUCAUCGCAUCCCCCCUCCCCCAUGUGAGUGACCAUUGGAGGGAAGCCGCGAAUCGGAUGAGACAGUCUUCCCGUUUCUUCCUCCUCCUGAGCAGCCACACUCGCCCACGACAGAUGCCACGUGAAUGCUUAGAGUCGCAUUUUCAACACACUUUGCGCGCUAACGUUGUCCCCUCGCUAGACUAACUUGUUUUGCCUAACAUUGUCACAUCGCUAAGCUAGCGUCACCCUGCUAGGCUAGCAUUGUCACCUGGCUCGUGUAACCUUGUCAUCUCACUAGGCUAUCGUUGCUAGGGCUAAUGUCAUCACAUUGCUAGGCUAGCAUUGUCACCACACAAGGCUAACAUUAUAACCUCGUUAGGUGAACGCGGCAGCGUCGCUAGGCCAGUGUCACUAAAGUUGUCACAUCGCUAGGCCAAAGUCACAUUAGGCUAACGUCAGCACAUUGUUAGACUAACGCACUGCACUAGGCUAACGUUGUCAAAUCGCUAAGCUACUGUCACAUCACUUGAUUAAUGCGGUUAUGUCGCUGUGCUACAAUUGCUAGGCUAACACAGUCAUGUCAUGAAGUCCGCAUCACCUUGCUACCCUGACAUCGGUGUCACCUGGCCAAGCUAACAUGGUCACGUCGCUAGGCUAAUGCGGCGAUCCAUCUCAUUAAGACAAGGAACUUUCUGGAAGAAUUUCAGCAGGCUGGGACAAGAAGUGGAGAGUUCUUUGACUUGUCAUCCUCGCUGUGUUGGUUUGUGGCAUGCGUCUUUAGCUCAACUUGGAAAGGUCAUCUUACUGAACCUGAUUUGAUUUUGAAAGGUAGACUCGCGUACGCUCUUUUCCUGUGCCUGUGGUCGUGUGACGUCAACUUGUGCUUUUACUCUAGCUGUAAUCAUGAACAUAACAAAAGUAUCCGGUCGCUUAUUUAACAAGUAAAUCAUGAAAGCAUGUUCGCUGUGGUCUACAUUCGUAAGAGUCGGGAAUUCACCACGUCGUCCUUUCCGCCUGCCUUUCCAAAGCAACCAAAAUCAAUCAACUUGUUUCAUGAUUACGCUCACACGAGAUCUACUUUGUUCUUUAUAUUUUCGACGUCUACGGUAUCCGUACGAUCGUGUUUAUUGAACGGAGGCACGUUAUUGAUUCGAGAUUAUUUGCCUCUUGUCUCUGGUUUGGCACCUGAAGAGAGACAUCUUCACAGUAUAGUAGAAUCCCUGCAAAAGAGUGACCGCUUCAGCCGUUUCUCUUUCGACUGUCCCCCUCAAAGAGGGCAAUGGCGUUCCUGAGACCAAUUACAGGGCAUUACGUCGUCUGGGUAAGCUACGGGACGAGGCUGCUUGUGUAAUGGCAGAGCUUACGAUCGCCUCGUUGCUUUGGGGCUCGGGAAGAGGGCCGGACACCAAGUAUCGGGAAGAGGAAGUAGCUGCGCCGUUCCAACCGCAAAGAACCAAUCAGGCGUAGGGGCGGUACUUAAGACGCGGGAUGUUUCGGGGCUGGGCUCGGAGCGAAUUUAGCUUUGCCAGACCCGCAAAUUCACCGCAGCUUCACAGGAAACGGAGCAGCGGGGGAUUGCAAUUGUCCGCUUCUAUGUUGCAAAUCAAAUACAGACUUAGUGGACAGGCUUGUCUUUGCUUUCUUGUGGGCUCUCGUUCACAAGCCGCCAAAGGAUUUUCGUACUUUAAACGCAUAUAAUAUAUUGAGAACGAACAAGCGCAACGGAUAAGACCAAAAUAUUGUACAAACAGUAUAGAAAAAUAGCAUAACAACUGUAAUAAUACUCACACACACACACACAUCUGCGAGGGAUUACUGACGGCGGAAAUGUAAACAUUCCAUCAAAUGAAAUAAAACAUGAGCAACUAGACAACCAAA